CAAUAAAUAACAAUAAUUUAUUAUACAAUAUAAAUAUAAUAUACCACCAUGGCAGACUUGGCACAAAUCGGUCUGUCAAUCGUAAUGGUCCUUGGGCCAGUCAUUGGCUAUGUUGACCAAUAUUUCAUCAUCAAAAGAAAAAAAUCAAGUGCAGGAUUCAAUUCCUUGACAUGUGGAAUCCUCUUAUUUGCAAAUAUUUUGCGAGUAUACUUUUGGAUUGGAAAACGAUUCGAUACGACCUUACUUGUCCAAUCGCUCGUAAUGAUUGCCGCCCAACUUAUUUUGCUCGAAAUUGUAGUACGAUACAACCAACCAUCACACCAAGCCACUCGCUAUGACAGCAUUAGUUCCACACCCACCACCAGCACCUCUAGUAUCUCUAGUGCUAAUUAUAGUAAUGAUAAUAAUGAAGAUGAUGCUUCUACCAGCCAGGAAAACCCUGCCGUUGGCUUUAAUUUCCUGCCACAGACCUUCUGGGCAUGGAACCACUACCUGUCUUACAUAAACUGUAUCCUCUGUUUCACAACCGUAGUCGGCGUGCUGUUUAUCCUGCUCAGUCGAUAUUCUAGCUUUGUCGAAACUAUUGGUGUCAUCAGUCUCGGAAUCGAAAGCACUUUGCCACUACCCCAGUGUAUUUCCAAUUGGAAACGACGAUCCACUUUUGGAUUUAGCCUGCUUGUGAUCGGAACUUGGGUUCUUGGUGAUAGCUUCAAGGUGUUUUAUUUUUUACACACCAAUUCUCCAGUUCAAUUUAUCAUUUGCGGUUCCAUUCAAGUUGCCAUCGACAGCUUUAUCGUAUUUGAAUUCAUCCUGUUCUCGGCAAAGGUCAAGAAAUGGCUCGGUAUUUCCCGUCCAUUAUUAAUCGAUGGUCAAGUUGGAGACGAAGCUUCUGAACCUCUCCUUGGAUAAUGGUUAAUCAUCCUGCUAAUCUUAAUCUUAAUCUUAAUCUUAAUGCUAUUACCAAUACCAAUCAAUAUUAAUGAAACAUAGCAGUGAUAAUAAAAUUACACAUAGAUUUCUUUCUUUCUUUUUUAUAAUAAUCAAAUUAACUUGUACAUGUUCUGAACUGGAUUGUUUUCAUAUAGUUUAAAAAGAUUUCUAAAUCAAGUUCAAUUGAAUUAUAUAUAUAUACACACAAAAGUAUCUAUAUCUAUAUAUUUUAAAUAAUAAAUAAUAAUAAUAAA